UCUGGCAGUAAUUGUUGCAAAUCCACCAAAGCCUUGAUGUUUGGUUUGUGAAAUUGACACAGCGGAAUCCACAAGGAAUGGAGAAAUCGGUUUCCACUGCUUUAUCAGAACAGGAGAAAGAGCAUGAGGAUGACCAAGGAAAAGCUGUGCCAAUGACCCUUGUGUCAAACAAAGAGGAUCUUAUUGCCCUUGAGUAUCCCCAAGAUGAGGUCAGCCUUUCUCACGGUAUCAUAUCUAUCACAACUCAGAAGAAAGAAGCCUGCAACAAGACACAAGACUGCUUAAAAUUCAGGAAAGGCUGUUGCAAAGCAGAUCCUAACAGGUCCGUGGAUCAAAGAAGCACGAAUGUCUUGUGGGAUUGCUCUACACUGGAGACAAUGGGUAGUGUCUCCAGGGAAGAAAGCACUUUAGAAAAACUUUCUGGUUUGAAGGAUUCAAUGAACUCUAAGGAAGCUGAAUGGCGAAAUCCUUGUAACCCAGAGGAAUUCACUUCUGCAAUGGAAUCCAAACUCAUAACAAUGCUGCAGGUGAAUACUAAGGAUUUAGGAAGGGAGACCGAGCACUUACACUCUCAGGCUUCACCACCACUUGUUGGAGUACAGACUGUUAGUGAAGAUGAAAGAUACCAUAGCAGUGAACCAAAGCAUGUAGAUACCUUCAACAAAGAACACUUGAGCAAAAGUCAAGCCUUGGAGAAAGAAGACUUUCACAGAUUUGAUUGGAUUUCUGGGCACAGAGAAGGGCAUGGGCUACUCCCCAAAAAGAAGAGUAAAUCACCAGAUGUAGCAACAAACCUGUCUGUUAAGAGACAAUCUGCGCGAGAAGCUUCUUUGUUGGCUUUGCCAGUAUUUAGAAAAAUGCUAAAUCCCCACUUAAAUAAAGCAAACAGUGUAGAGUGUGUGUUCUCUCCCUGGAAGGGACAGGCAGUGGAUUCUGAUAUAGAUGAAAUAAGUUCUGCUAAUCCAACUGAUUGGGUAUUAGAGAAAUCAGGACUUCAGACAGCUAUGGAUCUUGUUGUCCAUAAACAUGGUUGGACUGUUACUGACAAAGACACUAUGGAACAUGUUCCCCUGAGGUCUGUGGAAUCUCCUUCCUGUAGCACUUUUGAUGAAACAAGACCUUAUAUGUGCAAUGUCCUUUUGGAGGAGCAAGAAAAAGAUGAUGUUGGCCAAGAAGGGGAUCCAACAGUUUACACAUGCAUUGAGUGUAGCAUCUAUUUUAAGAUGAAAGAACAUUUGAUGGAUCAUAUGCUUCAGCAUAACAGAGGAUUGGAUCAGGACAAAGAAGAUACUAGAGAUCUGGAUCAGUUGACCUGUAGUGAGUGUGGAUGGGUUUUUGGGGACAUUGAGUCUCUAGACCGGCACAGGAGGCUUCAUCAGCAAUCAAGAGAAAAGAUCAUUGAAGAAAUCCAGAAGCUUAAUGAAUUAUCAGAUGAAGGGAGAGAUGCCAAGCUACAAUGCCCAAAAUGUGUGUUUGGAACCAAUUCUUCUAAAGUGUUUGUUCGGCAUGCAAAAAUGCAUGUUAGGGAAAGGAAAAAUCAAGGUUUGAAGAAUGUGUUUGGCAGUUCUGCUUGCAAUGAACCACAGAAUAGCUCUAUACACAACAUGCAUAAACAUUUAAGGCUAAAUGAACAUAUAUCUCAAGUUGCACAAGAUGCACACAGUAGAAAUAAAAAGCUUAGCAUUUGCACGCUUUGCAGCUUCCCUGCACCAGAUGAAAAGAUUUUAAAAGAACACAUGGAAUAUGCUCAUUCCCACCUGCCAUGGAACAUAGAGACUUUGGAAGCAGACAUGAACCAACCUGGGACUAGUAGGGAUGACUAUAACCCUAGCAAGUCAAGACGAUUUUUGGAAAGUGAUUAUUUGAGCAAAACAGACAGACCCUUUCCACAGUACGACUGUGAAACUAUGCCCCACUACAACUCUUUGUUUGAGUGCACAGCUGGUCACCCGAAAUUUCACAAAACUAACAGCAUAAAGGACAUCCCAAUGCCAGGAUUUCGGGCUAGGAAACGAGCUCCCUAUAACUCCUCACAGAAUGUCUUGGCAAUGUCCACUCUUACCUCAUCAAAAGCUCAUUCUCCAUAUGCCUUGAACCAAAUGAGAAAUAAAAGCACAACUCUGCCCCUUGAGACUGAGAGAGAGAAUAUCCAAAGCCAUUCAGGUGGGUUGGAGGAACAACCGUACAAAUGGUUAUCUAUAAACAAUAUUAGGAUGACUGAAGAAGAAUUCCCUUUGACGACAGAAAUAGAAUUAGCACAGAAGAGAUACUUUAAACCUUUUGUUAUUCCUCAAUCUGUCUUGGAACUCAAAAGGACUUUUGCAGGCACUUUGAAGGCAAUGGAUUGUACAACCCUAUCAGCAGGACAGCAACAGCAGUUACAUCAAAUGGUUCCUAUUGUUCUUGUUGAGGAAAUUAAUAUUUAUCCCCAAAAAAGGAAGAAGCCGAAGAUGAAGAAUCUGAGAAAAAAGUUGUCACCUGCAAGACACUUUGGAAUGGAGGAAUCUCUUCCCUUAAGUGUAUUUCUGUUAGAUUCUUCUCUAGAAGGAUCUCUUGAACUGGAUGAUCUUCUGGGUACAGAUUCCACAAUGCUGAAAAAUGAGGAGAGAAAAUGCCCGUACUGUCCUGACAGAUUCCACAAUGGGAUUGGUCUAGCCAAUCAUGUGCGGGGCCACCUGAACAGGGUGGGUGUGAGUUACAAUGUCCGUCACUUCAUCUCUGCAGAAGAAGUGAAAGCUAUUGAGCAAAGAUUUUCCUUCCAAAAGAAGAAGAAAAAAGUUGCAAACUUUGAUCCAAGUACGUUCAGUUUAAUGAGAUGUGAAUUCUGUGGAGCUGGCUUUGACACACGUGCAGGAUCUCAGUAUCACAGUCCAGCUUUUGCAGAUGACACCACCUGGCUGGUUAUUAAUUCUGUGCAACAUAAACUCACUGAAUUAGCACCCUCCUUAGUUCUCAUCAAAGGUGCUCUUUGCUCUCACUAUUAA